AAAUCAGGCCUCGGCUGUACGGUUCUUGAAAACCCGGCCAACCCUGCCAACCCGGUGUUAAGACUCCAGGUGAUGGGCCACCAGGUCCUGGCCCAUCGGGUCCUAGCCCACCAGGCCCUGGGCCUCCAGGUGUUAUGCCACCGGGUCCUAGGCCACCAGGUCCUGUGUUGCCGGGUACUGGGCCACUAGAUCCUAGGUCAACGGGUCCUGCGAAACUGGGUCCUGCGCCACCAGGUUCUGGGCCUUCUGGUCCUGGGUCUCCUUGUCCUGGAUCUCCCGGUUCUGGGCCACCAGGUCCUGGGCCAUCGGGUCCUGGGCCACCAGGUCCUGGACUAUCGGGUCCUGGGCCACCAGGUCCUGGGCCAGCAGGUGUUGGGCCACCGGGUCCUGUCGCCCCUAGUUCUGGGCCAUCAGGUCCUUGGACUCCCGGUGCUGGCCAACCUGGUCCUGGGCCACCGGAUCCUGGGCCACCGGGUCCUGGCCCCCCUGGUUCUGGGCCACCGUAUCCUGGCCAGCCUUGUCCUAGUCCUCCCGAUUCUGGGCCACCGGGUCUUUGGCCACUAGAUCCUAGGGCACCGGGUCCUGCGCCACCAGGUCCUAGGCCUCCCGGUCCUGGAAGUUCAGGUCCUGGGCUUCCUGGUCCUGGGUCUCCUGGUCCUGGACCUCCCGGUUCGUGGCCACCAGGUCCUGGGACUCCAGGUGCUGGCCAACCCUGACCUGGCCUUCCCGGUGCUGGCCAGCCCGGUCCGGGGCCACCGGAUCCUGGGUCACCGGGUCCUGGCCCCCCUGGUUCUGGGCCACCGUAUCCUGGCCAGCCCUGGCCUAGUCCUCCCCAUUCUGGGCCACCGGGUUUUGGCCCCC